CUGGAGACCUUUUUCACCACUGGGCAUGCACUCAUGGGGAAGCCGUGGGAAAAACACACAGAAAUAUCAAAGGCUCAAAAGCAGCUCUACUCUCCAGGUUCACUCUCUCAGUCGCAUAGCUGUCUUCUCCCAACGGCCAUAUAAGUGAGCAGGUGGAAUUGCGUAUAGCUGUCGUUGUCCAAGCCAAUUCAUUGUAUUUACAUUCCCGCGGACUUGACCUCUGGGAACCUCCGGCUUCUUCGGUCUGCACCUUUCCAACCCAUUCCCACGACACCCUUCUUACAAAGAGUCAAAAUGCCAGGAAGCAACGGUGUCGCUCCUCAUCUUCGCGUCGAUACAGAACCUUCUGGGAACGACGCACUGCUGGCAGGUUGGAAGCAGCGUUUAGCAGACCUCACUGAGCUCCUACUCCCGACGGACUAUCCACGGCCUAUUCCCAGCAGAGUGGUGGAGGCAGAUCAGGUCCUUCACGUCAGUGAGAAAACCUCGUUGGCGAUACUGCAGUUGUCGCUGGCGGUGAACAGCGGGAACGAGGGUGUAGGGGCAACGGUGACUCCGUUCACCAUCCUCCUGGCUGCCUUUGCUGUGCUUUUGCAUCGUCAUAGCGGCGAGAGCGAUAUCACGGUCGGAUCCAGCUCGACGACAUCCAACCCGCUUGUUCUCAGGUUCCCUGUUACGGCCGAUGCGACGUUUCGCUCUGUCAUCCGUGCCGUUCUGGAGGCAGAACUGGAUGCGACUACGAACGAGGUGCCCUUUCAGACAUUGCUGAACGCAUUGGUACCUCCUUUGCCUUCCCCGGUCAAAUCGCAGCCGGCCCAGCAGCAGGCAAACCCACAUCAACCAUCGUUGUUCAAAGUCCGCUUCUUCAAUCUCACCGAUACGAAUCAAGAGACCUUGGCGUCCACGACCACAUCCUCGUCUUGCGACAUCACCAUCUUCAUCUCGCAAGAGCCCACACUGCGUAGACUGCUCCCGAUAGAUAUUCGCAUCGUUUACAACUCGGUGCUUUUUGCGCAUAGUCGCAUAACGGACAUGCUUGAACAACUGCAACUAGUUUUGGAAGGUGCUGCUGCCAACAUCGACUCCCCGAUUGGCGCCAUCUCACUCGUGUCAACAUUCUCGAGACCACUACUCCCAGAUCCCGCCGCUGAUUUACACUAUGACGGCUUCGAAGGAGCUAUCACCGACAUCUUCGCACGUAAUGCUCAAGCGCACCCCGACAGGGUUUGUGUGGUAGAGAGCCGUGAUACGAACGUCUCCCCCUCAUUGGCUCCAUUGCGCGAAUUCUCUUACCAAGCGAUCAACGAGGCUUCGAACGUUCUGGCGCACCACCUGCUUCGAAAUGGAAUCCAACGGGAAGAUGUGGUCGUUCUUUACUCGUAUCGCGGAGUUGAUUUAGUAGUGGCCGUGAUGGGCGUGUUGAAGGCCGGUGCCAUCUUCAGCGUCAUCGACCCGGCCUACCCGCCGUCUCGCCAAAAUAUCUAUUUAUCAGUCGCCGUACCGCGUGGACUUGUCGUGUUGGCCAAGGCGGGAGAACUGGACCAGGAGGUCAAGGAGUACGUCGCGAACAAUCUGGACAUCGUGUGCAUGGUGCCCUCGCUGCUGAUACAUGAUGAUGGAAACCUGACGGGAGGAUUAGGGCCGGACGGAAACGACAUUUUUGGACCUGACGCUGAGCUCAAGGGGACUGCACCGGACGUUGUUUUGGGCCCGGAUUCCGGAAGCACUCUGAGCUUUACAAGUGGAAGUACAGGUAUUCCCAAGGGCGUCAAGGGACGGCAUUUCUCCUUGACCCAUUUCUAUCCGUGGAUGAAGGAAACUUUUGGCAUAACGGAAAAUGAGCGAUUUACCAUGCUGAGCGGCAUUGCACAUGAUCCCAUCCAGCGCGACAUCUUCACCCCUCUCUUCCUCGGUGCUCAGCUUCGCAUCCCUACAUCCGAAGACAUCGGUCUACCUGGUCGCCUCGCAGAAUGGAUGGCGCAUCAUGGUAUCACCGUAACACAUCUCACCCCAGCAAUGGGCCAACUCCUCUCCGCUAAUGCUACAACACCCAUCCCAACCCUUCGCAACGCGUUCUUUGUCGGAGACGUUCUCACGAAGCGCGAUGUCCUCCGACUGCAAUAUCUUGCUGAAAACGUGCAUGUCGUGAACAUGUACGGUACGACGGAGACCCAGCGCGCCGUUAGUCACUUGAUUGUUCCGCCGAGUAACAAGAACCCUGGGUUUUUGUCUGAGUUGAAGGAUAUCAUUCCUGCGGGCAAGGGGAUGAUUGAUGUUCAGCUACUCGUCGUCAACCCAGCCGGCGCGCUGUGUGGAAUCGGUGAGGUUGGCGAGAUUUACGUGAGGAGUAGCGGUUUGGCGGAAGGCUACCUGGACGAGGAAGCCAAAGCGGCCAAGUUUGUCGCAAACCCAUUCGGCGAUGCGACCAAGAACCUAUCGGCGCCUCAGAAGGCGUGGCCCUACUACCUAGGCCCCCGUGAUCGCUGCUACCGCACCGGGGAUCUGGGCCGCUAUCUGCCGAACGGUUCGGUGGAAUGCACGGGCCGAGCCGACGAUCAGGUCAAGAUUCGCGGAUUCCGGAUUGAGUUGAAGGAGAUUGACACACAUCUGUCUCAGUGUCCGCAAGUUCGGGAGAACGUCUCCAUGGUCAAGAGAGAUAAAGAUGAGGAGAAGGUGCUGAUUAGCUAUAUCGUUCCUGUGGAUUCGACGGAGAAUGUGGCGAGCCUGGUUGCUGGUGUUCGGGAAUAUUUGAAAGGGAAGUUGCCGUCGUAUGCGGUGCCUGGAGUGAUCGUACCUCUUAAGCGAAUGCCUCUGACCCCUAACGGCAAGGUCGACAAGAACGCGCUUCCCUUCCCAGACACAGCCCUCCUCGCAUCGCUAUUCCCAGCCGUCGAAGAACAAGCCAACGCAGCGUCUUUGACAACCAUCGAGACAGCCGUGCGGGAAAUCUGGAGCUCAGUCCUUCGUCAACCAACAGCUUCCAUAGGCCUCGACGACAACUUCUUUGACAUUGGCGGGCACUCCAUUCUUGCCACGCAACUCGUGUUCAUGAUCAGGAAGAACCUCAGGGUGGAUGUACCUCUUGGUAUUGUGUACAAGACACCGACGGUGCGAGGAAUGUCUGGCGAGGUGGAGAGGUAUAUGGAUAGCGAGCUGGGGCUCGUGUCUGGUGGUGGUGGGAACGAGCGGCGCUCUCCAACGCUGGGAUCCCGGCCGAAGGGAGACGCUGACGAUGCCGACACGGUGGGAGAGGUGGAUUACGCGGCAGAUCUGGAAACGUUGGACGCGGAGUUUCCUAUUACCACGGCGGGGCUGUCUCCUACUGCUGAACGCCCUGGGGAGGUCAGCGCCUCGUUCUUCGCUACCGGCGUUACAGGCUUCCUUGGUGCCUUCAUCGUCGCUGAUUUGCUCAAUCGCUCGCCCAACAACAAAGUCACCGCACUGGUUCGCGCAAAGUCGACAAAGGACGCGAUCGAUCGCAUCCGGACCAACUCGUCGAGAUAUCUUGUGUGGAAUGAGGACUGGGUGGCCAAAGGCCGUCUUACAGCCCUCUGCGGAGAUCUGGCGCAGCCGCGGCUGGGGCUUUCAGAGGCGGAAUGGGCGGAGCUCAGCCGAACGGCACAUGUGGUCAUACACAACGGUGCAUUGGUGCACUGGGUCUAUCCUUACCACAAGCUCCGAGCCGCUAAUGUUCUGAGCACGCUUUGGUGUUUGCGUCUGGCGACGACCACCCAUGUCAAGCCCGUGCAUUUUGUCUCAUCUACGUCUGUGCUUGACACCCCGCAUUAUGUGCGCAAGCUGGAUACCGGGACCAGGGUCUACGAAGACGAUGACCUGAUGGGUGCGAAGCGGGGUCUGCGUUCCGGAUACGGGCAAACCAAAUGGGUCGCUGAGCAACUUGUCGUCCGGGCCAGGAAGCGUAAUCGGGGAAUUUCAUCUCAGCCCGACCUGCCCACGACGAUCAUCCGACCGGGUUACAUUGUCGGCUCCACGACGACGGGCGUGACGAACACCGAUGAUUUUAUCUGGCGUCUGGUCAAGGGGUGCGUGGAUCUUGGCAGAGCCCCGCGUAUCGCCAAUGCUAUCAACAUGUGUCCAGUAGAUUACGUCGCCGCUGUGGUAGGAGCCGUCGCCACGGACCCGUACGUCGCAGCCCGGUCGUUGCCUACCACGAAUGGCGAUGCUUCAACCGCCAUUCCCGACAACACAGUCUUCCACUGCUACAAUCCCGAAGGUUUCAGCUUCAACGACCUAUUCGCACAGCUAGCCGCGGUAGGCUACCGACCGCUACAACCGACAGACUACAUUCACUGGCGGACAUCGCUGAUGGACUUUGUCCUUUCCGGCUCUUCAUCAUCGUCGGGCGAUGACACCACCACCUCGCCAACAUCAUCAGCUCUCUUUCCUCUCCUCCACUUCGUGGUCGAUGACCUACCCACCAGCACCAAGUCUCCCGUGCUGGAUACCACCAACGCCGAACGCGUCUUAGCUCGCGCAGCACUUACCGCGGUAUCGGCAUCGUCGGCGGUACAACCGAUACCGCACUCGAUGCGCGCACUCAUGCCGCUGUAUAUCGGGUUCCUGGUCCAUACUGGGUUCUUGCGAUCGCCUACGACCGCGAUUGCAAAUAGAACAACAGAGCAGGUGGAGGCAUCUUUAGCGUCAGAGGUAGCGAAGCCCGAGGAUAAGAGGUACCCGCCACUGCCGAGUCUGGAUUGCUGGAAUGGGGUGCACGGGUCUGCAGGGCGUACUGGCGCGUAAGAGGGAAUAUAGCCUGCUCGCUUGUGACCCUUUCACAUCAAUUAUCAGAUACAAAUUUGGGUAGCUCUUACGGCGUGGAUUAUUUUCAGGAGCUGAACACAAAAUAUACAUAGUAGAUGGCGUUUCUCCAUGAUCACUACGCCAUGAAGGAUUUGUGAACUUCGAGUACCUGCAUAAUGGCUAAAAAUGCUUAAUUAUGGCCUUAAUGGCCCAUAUUGGCCGAUUACGUGGAGCUUGUAUUUCGCGGUUAUUGUAGCGCCGUACCAGAAAAUGUGCGGAAUUGGUCCGAAGUAACCCCUCCUCU